AUGAGCUCGAACAAGGAUUUCACCGUUGCUAUCGUCGGAGGCGGCUUUGUAGGGCUCACUUGCGCCAUUGAGCUCGCGAAGUCGGGCGUGCAUGUCGAGGUGUUCGAAGCUGCAUCCGGCUACGGUGACGUCGGCGCAGGCAUCAAUAUCGGCCCGAACGCGUACCGCGUGUUGGAAGCUAUGGGCAUCGUUGACGAUGUCAAAGCCGUGCUAGAGGACCAAGGCCCGCCUAUGAGCCUCGUCACCUUCGUCAAGGGCGAGGACGUACGCAACGUCGUGUAUCAGUACCCUGACGACAAGAGGACCAAUCAAGGUUUUGGAGUGCACCGCGGCUACUUCCUCAAGGCGCUUGCGCGUAUCCUCCCGGAUAACGUGGUUUCACACCUCAACAAGCGCGCGACGACGGUGACGACGUUGAGCGAUGGACGUGUCCGUGUCGACUUCGCGGAUGGGAGCGAGCACUUCGCCGAUGUUGUGAUCGGCGCCGACGGGAUCAAGAGUACGGUCAGGGCGCAUGUGUUUGACGAAGGUGGCGAUCGUUUGGUCGAUACUCUCUGCCGCGCUUACAGGACACUGGUUCCGAUGCAGCGUCUUCUCGACGCGGGCAUAAACCCCAAGCUUCUUGAGCCGCACACGCGGUGCUGGAUGGGCAAUGGCAAGUACAUCCUCAUGUAUCCGAUCUCCUCCAACACGAUGCUCAACAUCGCCGCCUUCGUGACGGACUACUCAAAGGACAUGGUUCCCGCGGGCCCCCAAUCCUCGUGGUCGACCUGGGUUAGGCGGUCAUCCCGUGACGAGUUCAUCGCAGCGUACUCCGACUACGGGCCCGAUGCGCUUGCGAUCUUGAACUGCGUCGAGAACGUGAACAAGUGGGACGUCCAUGGGAUCUAUCCUGCGCUCGAGCGCACCGUCGCGCGUGCACCCGAGGAUGGUGAGGCGAAAGUGGAAGGGACAGAGAAGGCGAACACGGUGAUUGUAGGCGAUGCGGCCCAUCCGAUGUUGCCGCAUCUGGGCGCUGGUGCUGGUGUAGGGAUCGAAGACGCGUUCGUCCUCGCGCGUCUUCUCGCCCACCCGCAGACGAAGCGGGAGAACAUCGGUGAUAUCUUGCGCGCCUACGAGACAGUCCGCCUCCCGCGCGGUGCCUACGUCGCCAACGCCAGUCGUCGGGCGGGUAGCAUCUACCAAGGUCAUGGUCCGAGUGGACCGGAUGAUGCCGGGCGCAAGAAGGAUCUCGACUUGCAGUGGGAGGAGACAUGGGAGCAUGAUGCGCGCAAUGAUGUUGCGAAGGCCGUUGAGGCGCUGGUUGAAGGCGGCGUGUUUAUGCCGUGA